AUUAAAUCGAAACGAGUAGCCGUCGGUCGGCCCGAGCGCGCUCGCCUCGCUAUUCGAAUCCUCGAUCCUCGGCAGGGGAGGGAGAGAGAGCGGAUCGUAUGUCGCGGAGCGGCGGCGGCGGCGGCCGCACGAUACGGGUGUUGAAUGUGGCGGAGAAGCCGUCGGUCGCGAAGGCGGUCGCGGAAAUCCUGUCGCGCCGCAGCGGAGGGAUGCGCUCGCGGGAGGGGCGGUCGCGGUUCAACCGGGUAUUCGAGUUCGAGUAUGCCAUCGGUUCCCAAGUUUGCCAUAUGCUGGUCACCUCCGUCACCGGCCACCUCAUGGAACUGGAGUUCGAAGAUCGCUUCCGCAAGUGGCAUUCUUGCGACCCCGUCGACCUUUACAACGCCCCCGUUCGCAAGUUCGUCCCUGAGGAUAAGUUGGACAUCAAGAAGACUUUGGAAGAGGAAGCAAGGAAAUGCCAGUGGCUUGUUUUGUGGCUUGAUUGUGAUAGAGAGGGUGAGAAUAUUGCUUUUGAAGUCAUAGAAGUCUGCACUGCUGCAAAUGAUAAUCUCAACAUUUGGAGAGCUCGUUUCUCUGCACUAAUUGAUAGGGAAAUACACUAUUCUGUGCAAAACCUUGCAAGACCUAACAAAUUGUUUUCCGAUGCUGUAGAUGCUAGGCAGGAAAUUGAUCUUCGAAUAGGUGCCUCCUUUACAAGGUUUCAGACUAUGCUAAUAAAAGAUUCAUUUGUUCUUGAUUUUGCUGGUGACGGUAGGAAUCUUGUACUAAGCUAUGGCCCAUGUCAGUUCCCUACUUUGGGUUUUAUUGUGGAAAGAUAUUGGGAGAUACAAUCACAUGAAGCUGAAGAGUUUUGGACAAUUAACUGUUCACAUACUUCUGAUGAGGGAACUGCUAACUUCAAUUGGAUGCGUGUGCAUUUGUUUGACUAUACGAGCGCCGUUAUAAUUUAUGAGAUGUGUGUUGAAGAAUCAACUGCAACUGUCAUCAAUGUCAAACAUCAAGAGAAGCUGAAAUAUCCUCCAUAUCCAUUAAGUACUGUUGAGCUUCAGAAACGUGCCUCCAGAUAUUUUAGAAUGAGUUCUGAGCAUACUAUGAAGAUAGCAGAAGAGCUUUAUCAGGCUGGAUUCAUCAGCUAUCCACGCACUGAGACUGAUGGGUUCUCUGUUAACACAGACUUGCAUGCCAUUGUUGGAGAGCAAGUAGGUCAUCCGAAUUGGGGUUCAUAUGCUCAAAGACUUUUGGACUUUGAGGCUAGGCUUUGGAGAAACCCUAGUAGUGGUGGGCAUGAUGACAAGGCUCAUCCUCCUAUUCAUCCAACAAAAUUUUCUGCUGGUGAAACUAGUUGGAGUCAAGAUCAUAAUAGAUUGUAUGAGCUUGUUGUCCGUCACUUUCUUGCAUGUGUUUCACAACCUGCAGUAGGUGCUGAAACUUCUGUUGAAAUUGACAUUGCUGGUGAACAGUUUGUUGCUUCAGGACGUGUUAUAAUUUCUAAAAAUUACUUGGAUGUUUAUCGAUUUGAAUCUUGGGGAGGGAAUAUACUUCCUACUUACACAAUUGGCCAACAGUUUGUUCCAACCAGUUUGACUCUUGAUUCGGGAGUGACUAGACCACCGCCUCUUCUAAGUGAAGCUGAUCUACUCAGCUGUAUGGACAAGGCUGGAAUUGGCACAGAUGCAACAAUGCAUGAACAUAUUAAAAAGUUGCUUGAUCGGCAUUAUGCAACAAAAGAUUCAAAUACUCGUUUCUCACCAACAAAUCUGGGCGAAGCAUUAGUGAUGGGCUAUGAUGAGAUGGGAUAUGAACUUUGGAAACCCUAUCUCAGAGCAAUGAUGGAAUGUGAUAUGAAAGCAGUAAGCAUAGGUACAAAGAGGAAAUCUGAGGUUUUAGAGAGCUGCUUACAACAGAUGAAAGCUUGCUUUAUAGAUGUGCGUCUGGCUACUUGUCACAUCUUAUCUUAAUGCUUUCUAAUUACAUUAUUCUACAGUAGGAUAUACCAUUAUAUUCAGGAGAUCAUUGAACUUGUGUUAAAAUAUUUCACCAUGUUUAUUUGUAUACUGUUAUUCUUCUAGUCAACUUUAUAAAAAAAAUCUCAACAAGUUGCUAUUGUGGGUGACACUUUCCCUAAAUAUUUUGUUUUUGUGUUUGCUUUUCUGAAAAGGCAUCCCAUAUUCAAUUGAACUAUUUAGAAGAUUUUAUACAGAUAAAUCAUAAAUAUCUUUUAAAGGACCAUAACUUACCUAAAUUGAGUCUUUAUGCAUUGUAGAACAUUAUUCCUUAUUGGAAUCAAAAUGAUUGCAUUGGUAUUUAAGAUUCAUAUAUGAUGUCAACGAACCAUGCAAAACAGAUUAUGCUAAUGGGAUGUUUUGUAAUCCAAGAUUCUUUAAGGUAGUUUUGACUCAUAAGAUGGUUAAGAAUCACAUCUGAGAAACAAGAGACCAUACAAGAGCGGUUUUAGUUGAUGGAAGGUUCCUAACAAUAUUAACUGAACUUUUCAACUAUUUCAUAUUGACCUCAUAGGAAUGUAGGACAGCCACAAUCAAAGCAUUACUUAAUGACAUACUUGAGGAUCUUCAUGUUCUAUUUACUUGGAGAGAAGGAAAUAGGAUUGUAAGUAGUUUAAAUGAGUGAAACUAAAAUAAUUAAAUUAAAUUUUCUUAUUUUUGUUCUAUGCCAUUCAUUUUGUUUGGUUGAAAUUGAAUGGAAGGAAUUUUUAUCACUUUUUAAUCUUGUGUUUAUCGAGGCUCAAAAUUCAUUUUUCCUCUACUUAUAUCUUGUUUGGAUCGAAAUAAAUAAAGAAUUGGAUGGAUUUAAAUUCCAUUGGACUCCAUUUUGACCUUUCUUUCCCCUCCUAAUUCUGCCAAGUAACAUGUCAUAAAACUUUUCUAUUUGUUUCUCAUGUAACAUCAGUUAUUUUUUUAUGUGUCUCAGCUUAUAUAAACCUAUAAAUAUUGGUCCUUGUAUUAUGCAAUUACAUUUUUUUGGCAAAAAUCAAAAUGGUGCCCUACAAUGACAAAAAAGUCAAAUGAGUGCCCCUCACUCACCGUCACUCUCAUGAUUUUAUCCUGAAAAUACC